AUGGCUGCCCCAGAAACAAGGCUCUUUAUCAACGGUGAAUUCGUUCCCAGCAUAUCGGGAAAGACUUUUCCAGUCUACAAUCCAACAACAGAGGAAAAGGUCGCCGACAUUUUCGAAGGCGAUGCCGAGGACGUUAAUGUUGCCGUUACCGCUGCAGAAAACGCAUUUCCGGCCUGGAAAUCCCUGUCCGCACAUGAACGUAUUGACAAGUGUUUAAAAUUUGCCGAACUUAUCGCGAGGGAUCAGCUCGAGAUUGCUGCUCUCGACGCCCAGAAUGUUGGGAUUCCCGUUUCGGUGAACCAUUUUUACAUUCAACGAGCAAUUCAAGACAUUAGGCAUACGGCCGGAUUAGCUCACGAUGUCCAUGGAGAAACAAGCCUAAACACCCCCGGGCAGAUUAACAUUACCUUAAGACAGCCUUACGGGGUGUGCGCUGCCAUUCUCGCUUGGAACGCACCGGUAGUCAUAUUCACCGCCAAGGUUAUUCCAUGUGUGGUGGCCGGCAAUACAAUCAUUGUGAAAUCAUCAGAGAAAGCUCCCCUAAGCGCUCUUAAACUGGGAGCCUUGGCGGCCGAGGCCGGGUUCCCUCCAGGAGUUAUUAAUAUUCUCUCUGGUUUCGGCCAUACCGUUGGCGCAGCCUUGUCCAGCCAUAUGAAGAUUCGCAAACUCACCUUUACCGGCUCUACUCGUGCAGGCAAGCUUAUUCAAGAGGCGGCUGCAAAGUCCAAUCUCAAGUCCAUUGCACUUGAAUUGGGAGGUAAAAACCCCUUGAUCGUUUUCCCCGACUGCGACAUCGAGGAGGCUGCAGGGUCUGCUGCUGCCGGCUUGAAGUUUAACUCAGGCCAAAUCUGUGUCUCGAACUCGCGAAUUUACGCCCAUAAGGACAUAUUCCAGAAAUUUCUCAAAGCCUUCAGCGAAAAGUUCGCAGAGUCCAAAUUCGGGAGCCCACUGGAACCCACCACUUUCUUUGGCCCGCAAGCCGACAAACUGCAAUUUGACCAAAUAUUAAAAUACAUUGAGCAAGCCAAAUCCGCCGGUGCAAAUCUAGUCACUGGAGGUAGUCGUGCCACCGAAAAGGGAUACUACAUCCAGCCAACAGUCUUUGCAAAAGUUCCCGCCACUGCCCACCUCUUGCAUGAGGAAGUCUUUGGUCCAGUGGCUGUGAUCCAAGAGUUUGAAACGGAAGAGGAGGUGAUCGCGGAAUGCAACAAGACAGAAUAUGGUCUGCACGCCAGCGUUUACUCGAAAGAUAUCUCACGCGCGUGUCGAGUAGCUACGGCAUUAGAGACGGGAAUGGUCUCGGUUAACUCUAGUGGUGGCUCUGGUGCCUACGACAUGCCCUUUGGCGGCUGGAAACAGUCCGGCAAUGGCAGAGAGUUGGGCAAGUUGGGCCUUGAAGCAUUUUAUGAGAUCAAAAUGGUUUCGAUUACUUUGUAGGUAGCAUUACGAACGAGCGCUACGCCUCCGGAUCAAGACCAGGUUGUGGGUACGUAUACGAUGUCUUAUUCAAUAGAAGACCAGAGGCAUCAUAACAUGUG